CAGGGCCCUGUGGCAAGGACCAGGGAGGGCAGCGCCCAGGCUGGCGUGCUGGGCUGGGCUGGGGCUGGGGGCUGGGGGAGGUGGCCAGGAGGCUGGACCUGUGGCAGCUCAGCCAGCACAUUGGCCAAGGCCCAGUCCUCCCUCCCUUGGCUCCACUCAGAGCCCUCGCCCCUGGCUACCCCGGGUUGCUUCUCCUUGCCCAGGCGGACCCAGAGCCGGCUGCUGCUGGGCAGUUGGGGCUGGGGGCAGGGGCCCACGGGGCCAGCCACUCCAGCCGUCUCCUGCGAGCCAACAGGGCAGAGAGAUGGGGCGCCCCCCGGACCCCCACAGCACCCUGGUCCCGGUGAGAACCACGGCUGCACCCGGGCUCACACCAGACCUCGUCGCCGGCCUCCCCUGGCUCCACUGGGCACCCAUUGCUGUGGCUGUUGUUGCUGGCAUCCUCGUCGUUUCCUGUCUCCUCUGUGCCAUCUGCUGCUGCUGCCGCCACGGCCACCGCCACGGGAAGAAGCCCAGAGACAAGGAGGCUGUGGGCCUGGGCAGCCUCCCCGGCACCACCACCACCCACCUGGUGCAGCCAGAUAUGGAUAACGAGGGGGACCCCAAGCCAUGGGGGCGCCUGCUGCUGUCCCUGCAGUACGACUUCGGAAGCCAAGAGAUCAGGGUGGGCCUCAAGCAGGCGGCGGACCUGAGACCUGGUGGCCCUGGCGGCACGGCGGACCCCUACGCCCGCGUCAGCCUCUCCACGCAGGCGGGGCGCUGGCACGAGACGCGGGUGCACCGUGGCACACUCUGCCCGGUGUUCGACGAGACCUGCUGCUUCCAUGUGUCACCAGCCGAGCUGCCGCGGAGCAGCCUGCAGGUGCAGGUGCUGGAUUUCAGGCGUUUCUCCCGCCACGAGCCGCUGGGCUCACUCAGCCUGCCGCUGGGCGCCGUCGACCUGCAGCACGUCCUGGAGCUCUGGCACCAGCUUGGCCCGCCAGGCACCGCCGAGCCUGAGCAGACUGGGGACCUGUGCUUCUCCCUCCAGUACGCGCCUGGUUCAGGCCGGCUCACCGUAGUCGUGCUGGAGGCCCGAGGCCUGAGCCCAACGCUGGCAGAUCCUUACGUGAAGAUCCAGCUCAUGCUGAACCAGAGGAAGUGGAAGAAGAGGAAGACGCAGGCCAGGAAGGGCCCGGCUGCCCCCUACUUCAACGAGGCCUUUGCCUUCCUCGUGCCCGUCAGCCAGGUCCAGAGCGUGGAUCUGGUGCUGGCUGUCUGGGCCCGGGGCCCACAGUUCCGGGCCGAGCCUGUGGGCAAGGUGCUGCUGGGCGCCCGGGCCUCUGGUCAGCCCCUCCAGCACUGGGCGGACAUGCUGGCCCAUCCCCGGCGGCCCAUCACCCAGUGGCAUCACCUGCGGCCUGCCAGGGAGGUGGACCGGGCCCUGGCCCUGCAGCCCCGCUUGCGCCUGCCCCUGCCUGGCUCCUGAAACCUCCCCCGGGCCCCCGUC